UGAGCUAGUAUCGGGAAAAAUUCAUUGUGGAGUCUUAAAGCACUUAUGUAAGUCGCUCUGGCUAAGGGCGUCUGCCAAAUGAUGUAAAUGUAAAUGUAAAUCGGACCCCUGGAACCAUGUGUGUAUGCGGCUUGGGGUGUGUCCGUCUACUCCUGUCUGUGCUCCCUGUUUGAGGAGUUUCAUUAAUUAAGGCCAUCUUGAAAACUUUAAGUCAGCUGUGACACAUUUUUAUUGCCCUAUGUAUUUUGCCCAAGCAAUAAAAAAUCUGUUCAAAUAUCUGUAACUGUUUGUUUUAAUGUUCUAAUCAGUCAAGGACCAAACAUCAGGUCAAAACAAUUUGAUACAUUACCUUUAAAUGUAAUUCAACAGUUAUAUUACCUAGGACUGGAUGCUAGUUUAGUUUGUGAAGUUUAUGGCGCUGAAAGGAUUGGGAUAAAUGUGCUUUUUUUUAUUUUUUAUUUUUUUUAUCAGGCUUUAUUGUUCACGGAGAUAUAAUUUGUAGUACCUCACUAUGUCCGCAAGAUUCAAUACUAGAUAAUUUUUCUGAGAAGUCCUGCUGUUUUACCCAAAAAAAACAAUUAUAUGACUGCUUGAGAAUCUUAUUUGGAUCAUUGCCUUCACAAGAUCCCGGGAGUCUGUGAUGUGUGGUUUACUACAGAAGUCCAGGAACAGCCCCUUUCAAACAUGUUGUGACGAAAGCCAUCCACAGACUGGACCACUUGCGAAAUAUGGGAAUUGAAUGUCUUUUUAUUACAGGAAGGAACUAUAAAACCUCAAAUGGGACAGAUAAAGAGUAAUGUGAGACAAACUGAAUGGAGUUCCGAUGAAAGUUCUUAGAAGACGCUCAAAAUUUGUCAAAGACUAUUGGAUCAUGUUAAUUGUAAUGAACAUGAAGUUAUUCUUUUUCUUGGAGAAACAUCACAUAAUUUUUUGCUUUCCUCAUGAUUUCUGAAACCACGUACGGAGAACUUUCUGGAGAAAUCUCAGCAGCUUUAUAACUGGUUAAGUGUCAGGCAAACCUGUAAAAGUCAUUGGUAAUAUUAGCAUCGACGGGUAAAGACACACGUUGUCCUGUGAGUGCAGGACGAAGCAGGGGUGAGACAUGAGGGGGCGCCGGCUGAGGAACUUCUGGAUAUUCAGCCUGCUGGUAUUGGUUUCGGCUGCUGGAUGGUUCGCCUUGUACUCCCUGGCUUGUUACAGAACUGAAGGAAAUUCCCAGUCACCUUUGAAGAAAACUGCCCCUGUUCAGACACCUCAAUACUGCAGGGAGAAAACAGUUGGAAAUAUUUUGAAGGUUUAUUCUCAGGACUGGAUAAAGCAGAAAGGUUACAUCACCCUACUGAGGUCUGAACUGAACAGCAAGUGCAAUGGAGUCGACAAGGCCAUUGUCACACAGACCAACACGGCAAUGGGGUCGAACAUCACAUAUGAUGCUGAGAAAAGAAUUGUCAAGGUGACCCCUAAGCUGUUUGACACCUUCGUGAAGGAUUCACCAUUUAUAAAUAAGACAUUCAAGACGUGUUCUGUGGUGGGAAACGGUGGAAUUCUGGCCAACAGCAGCUGUGGAGAAGAGAUCGACUCGGCCCAGUUUGUCAUCAGGUGUAACCUCGCUCCUGUGGGCAGUGGCUACCGAAGGGACGUUGGCACUAAGACGAACUUGGUAACAUCCAAUCCCAGCAUCCUCUUGUAUAAAUUUGGAUCCUUGAUGGAGCUCCGGCGCCCAUUUGUUGAAAGGCUGGGCACCUUUGGGGAUUCCCUGGUUCUGUUUCCCACCUUCUCUUAUGGGCAAAACACGGCUGUCUCAUUGCGCGCCCUCUACACAGUGCAGGACUUUGGAAGCCCAGCACGACCCGUCUUCAUGAACCCAGAGUACAUGCGGAGCCUGGCCCGGUUCUGGAAGACCAGGGGCCUGAAGAAGCGCCUCAGCACCGGCAUGAUGAUGGCCAGCCUGGCACUGGAGCUGUGUGAUGAAGUGCAUCUCUACGGCUUCUGGCCCUACCCCCAGCACCCACGAGACUGCCGGUCCCUCAACAACCACUACUAUGAUGACAUGAAGGCGAAAAGCGUACACGCCAUGCCUGUUGAGUUUGACCAGCUGGUACAGUUUCAUAACCAGGGUGUGGUCAGACUUCAUCUGGAGGAGUGUACACCAAGACCAAAACAGAGUCAUCUCCCAUUCUUUCUCCAUUGGUGGUGCAGUUGACCCAGAGAUAAACUACAGCUUUUGCUUUAAUGUGAAGGCUGUAGAUGUCUUUAUGUUCUUGUGUUCAGGAGGGAACCUUCUUGCAUAGACAUGUCCAAUGUUGUUUUCUAAAUCAAACUGAAGCACAUUUAAGGCUUAAUUAGUACACAGUGGGUCUACCCUCAAAAGGUAGUCACACCCACAAAUUAUUCGCUACAGUUUUUAUUAGUGUUGGUUUCCAACAUUGAAAAUUGUAUUCUAUGGACCACAGAUGAGGAAGUUUCAUUUACUUAUUUUGGUGAAAAUAAGGUUUGAUCCCAAGACCAUUUUGUUCACAGCAACUUUAAACUGGGCCUAAAUAUUAUUAAUUGUACUGUUGUAAUAUUAUAAUUCUUGUUAUAUAACAAAUAUUUUAUUUAUUUAUUUUUAUUUUUUAUGGGUUUUUUUUAGAGAUGCACCGAUUGACCGGCUAGUGAUCGGAAUCGGCCGAUUUUUUGUAUGAUCGACCCAGAUCGGUGACCGGCCGGUCAGUCUCACGUCUGCCGAUCCUUUUAUUGCCAGCAGCAGCGCAGGCAAUUACGUCACAACUACGCGCACACUCACAGUCUGAUGAUAACAUGUCGUUGGUGUGGAAGUUCUUUUCUGUGAGUGGAGAUGACACAAAGAUCGCAGUUUGUAAUGUUUGUAAAGCAAAAAUACAUCGUGGGGGAACAAGCUCAAAAACGUUCGGAACAACAAACCUAAUAAGACACUUAAAACGCUAUCAUUUAGCUGAAUAUGCCCAGUUUGAAAAGGGGAAAGUGGCUAAAGCUAGCGCGCCGGAAUUUAUUUUAUACUUUACGACACAAUUUAUUUUAUAUUUUUAUUUUGUUGUGAGAAGAUCCUGUCAUGUUUAAUAAUUUAUUUUAUUAUAAAAUAAAUUUAAAUGAAUGUCAUAUGCUUUCAUUACAGUUCUAUAAAAAAAUCGGAAUCGGCAAAAAUCGGAAUCGGCAGGUCACACUUACUGUAAAAUCGGAAUCGGCCAAGAAAUUUGCAAUCGGUGCAUCUCUAGUUUUUUUGUCAGGAUUUUCCCCUGUCUUGUUCCGUCCUGUCCUUCAUUUCCCUAAGUUCCCUGCUUUUCCAUGAUGACCAGCAUGUGUUGUUUGUCUUUCCUAGUGUUCCUAAUCUAGCCCAUGUUCUAGUAUUCUCCAAGUGUAAAAGUCCUAUGUUGUAGUUCCCUGUUUGACCAGCAGAAGUCACUGGUCAUCCUGUUCUGGUCCUUGUGUUCCCUUAAAUUUUUCCCUAAUCCAGUCCUCAUCCCCUGUUCCCUGGGUCGCUGCAUAUCUGAAUGGGCUGAGCGUGUAGCUGAUAACCAGUUGGACCUUUGGUUAUUUAUGCCCCACUCUGUUUUUGUCCAUGAAAAUCAUAUUCCUUGUGUUUAUUCACAGCAGUUCGGUCCUUGCUGUUAGUGUCUUUGUUCUUGAUUAACCCUAUCUGUGCUUUAGUGUAUUUAGCCCCGUGCUUUGUUUAUACCUAUGUUCUAUGUUCCUUGUAUCUCUUGGCAUCUUAGUCCCUAGUUCUUGAGUGAUUGUUAAUGACCCACACCUAUUCUUUUUCUAUGCCUUGUUAGUUGUGUAUAAUUAUGUUUAUUCUGUUCCCUUGUCAGCUAUUGAAUGUCUUGGAUGUUAGGAAUUACCAGUUGUGAACCAUAUUCUGAAUCUGUCCCAUCAUGGUCUUGUUUGCCUUUGAGUGUUUUGAACAUAAAGUCCCCUGUGUCUGAAAGCUG